CCUGGUGUGGGAGAAGGAGGGGUGAAGACUGGAAUCCCAGUUAGGUCACAGACAAAAAGAAACCAGGAAGUAAAGAGAUAUUGUUACAAUCUAAACGGAACUCAGGAUGUUAAAGGCAGCAGCCUCUGUAGGUUGGUUACUCAUUAGCGAAAAGGAAGGACUAGUGGGCCCCACUGGAGCGAGGCGAGCAGCCGGGACUUGGGGCGAGACCUGCUGGCACGGGCCAGGCAGGAAACCACCUGGCUAUCCAGUGCCCACUGACUUCUGCUGGGGAAGCUGCGGCCGCAUACAGCAAGACAGGGUGAGUCUCCAGGCCAGAGCUUGCUGCAGCCAGGGCUACAGGACUUGCAUAUUCUCCAGAGUAUGGUGAACUGGACCUGAUUUCAGAGUUGCCUGGUGUUGGAAGAGAAAGGGGACCUACGACAAUUGCGGGAGAGGGAAGCCUCUCCCCUGCUACUGGCCAGGCCACCAUGGGGAACGUCUGUUUGAGGCUCCGGGCAUACUUGCAGCCCUACCUCCCCUGUCUGUCCCAGGACGUCGACAGCUCAGUGGUGAUCGAGAAUCCAGGGGCCCGCUGUGCCCCGGAACCUCCACGGUCUCCGAAGCAGAAGCUGGAGCAAAGCCGUGGCCAGUACUUUGUUGCUCUGUUUGAUUACCAAGCUCGGACUGCGGAGGACCUGAGCUUCCGGGCAGGAGACAAACUUCAAGUCCUGGACACUUCCCAUGAGGGCUGGUGGUGGGCCAGACACUUGGAGAAAAGGGAAGACAGCUCUGGCCAGCAACUGCAGGGCUAUAUUCCUUCCAACUACGUGGCUGAGGACAGGAGCCUGCAGGCAGAGCCGGGGCUGCUAUUGGUACCCACACGACUCACAUCCUCUGUGCUGGGAACAGUGGAAUGGCAUCCCAGAAGCCCCUUCCUCUGGGCUGAGAGUGGUGGAAUGGCAGCCAGUAGGCCCCUUCCUCUGCUCUGGGAGUGGUGGAACGGUGGCCUGGAGUCCCCUACCUCUGCACUGGGAGCAGUGGUAUGGGUGGCCCAAAGCCCACUUCCUCUGUGCUGCAAGUGGUGGAACAGCAGCCCAGAAGCCCCUUCCUCUGCACUUGGAGAGGUGGACAGGUCUCUCUACAUGAUUCUGAGGGAUUGAAAUUGGGACUUUGUGCUUGUGAGGCAGGCAGUGGCACCACUGAGCUAAAUCCCUGGCCCCGUAUUUGGAUCUAUUUUAAACUAAAGGUGAGCUUUUAUAUUAUCUUUAACUCCAGUAUAUUAAUACAUGGAUUAUUUAGCAUUUUCACCUGGCUUAUUUGUAAAUUUGUAUGACCUCGGUGGGAAAUCUGGCCCUCACAAUCUGUUUUUUUUAAUUAUUGAAUUUCAGUCAUUUGAGAGAUCCAAACAAAAACAAU